AAGCCGAACCGUCGCUCCUCGGCCAACAGCACAGCACACCAAUGUUGACUUUUAGCGCUCAGUUCGCUCUCGUUCGUGCUCACGAUCACUUGACUUUUGUGCCUGUCUUGCAGCGCUCUUCAUUCCGCGGUGAUCGUGGUUUGGAAUUUUUUUCUCUAAAAAUUUAUUUCUCUCAUUUUUUCCCCGUGUCGUGUGAUCUUGGAUGUUUUCUUUUUGUUUGUUUUACCUGUGCUAAGGACCAAGGACUUUGUGACAAUUGAGAAAAAAAAGUGAUUCAAAGUUCUUUUUUUUGUAAAAUUGAAAAAGAAAAACAAAAACAAGGAAAAUUUGCUGUUUUGUGUGCGCUGGAGCAAUAUUUGAGAAUUAAUUUUGUGAAGAUCGCAUUGAGGAUCGCCACUGGAGAUCGCUACAUUCCGCGUGAUUGCGCUAAAUAAAUGUGAUCAAUUGAGAUGGUUAAUUAAUAAGUCACAAAAGUCGAUCAUGCUCGCAGCUUAGAGAUCGGACUAUGAGGAUUUAGCAGUUGAUCGCUAAUUGGACUUGAGUAACCCAAUUUAUGACAAAAAUUCACCAACAAUUAGAUCACCGCAUCUUAAAAGAGAUAAAUUUCGUGUGAAUUUAUGCACUACGGAGUGACUCUGUGAUUAACGUGUUGUAUGGACAACCGCGGCCAGGUGCUCUAGAAAUUCUUUUACAAGUGACUUUGAGUUGUAAAAAGCCGAAGAAAAAAAGUGUCAAAUGGAUCAACUCGCAAACUUACUUCACUUCAACCAUCCAAUUAGAGCUUGAAGGUGCAAAGGAAUUUUCUUUAAAAAAAAACAAAAGAAACAACAUUAGAGAUUCUCAAAGAGACAAAAAAAAAUAGAAAAGAAUAUCGUCCAUUGAGAUUUAUGUGCUUUGUUUUGUGUGAAGAGGAUUUGGAGUGACUUAAAAAGUGACCACGAUUGCGAUGGAGUUUAGAUAUUGAAAUCACGUUCGUUUUAGAAGUGACUUCUCUCAUUGAUAUUUUGUGUCCAUCCCACGUUAUCUCAAGCAACAAGCUUCAAAAUUGAGGACUUAUACAAGAUGAAUCAGACGUGUAAGGUGUGUGGGGAACCCGCAGCAGGAUUCCACUUUGGGGCCUUCACGUGCGAAGGAUGCAAGUCCUUCUUUGGGCGCUCAUACAACAACCUGGGAUCCAUUUCGGAGUGCAAGAACAACGGAGAGUGCGUGAUCAACAAGAAGAAUCGAACAGCCUGCAAAGCAUGUCGACUGCGGAAGUGCCUACUCGUGGGGAUGUCAAAGAGUGGCUCACGGUAUGGUCGUCGAUCGAAUUGGUUCAAAAUUCACUGUUUGCUGCAGGAGCAACAGCAGGCAGCAGCAGCGGCACAUGGGAAUCGGAAGACUCCACCGCCGGGUUUGGCAAUGCUUGGUCAUCCCUACCCACCAGGCUACCCACUGCAGCGGCCACCGUGUACAAAGGAAGAGCUAAUGCUGCUCGGUAUUGAGGACUACAGCAAACACCCAUCCGCCUCGCCAUCUGUCAGCUCCCCAGACAGCCACAAUUCCGACAGUAGUGUCGAAGUUGGUGAUCGACGAAAUUCCCUACUGCGCAAAGUACCCGAUCAUCCGCCACCAUUGAGUAAAGAGCAACUCUUCCUGCCUCUUCCCUUUGCCGGGCUCACAUCUCUGCCCAUGAUGCCACCACCGGGAUUCCUGCCGCAGUCACCACUCCUCUUCCCUGGUUACCAUCCGGCUCUGUAUCCACCCCAUCAGGGUCUCCUCAAGCCCGCCGAGCAUCAGCAUUUGCUGAGUCAGCAGGCAGCCGCAGCUGCAGCAGCUGCCAACAACAACAGCCGCUUCACACCAAACCACAACAGUAAAACAGCCGAAGAGCUCACGAAGCGCUUCUACCUCGAUGCUGUGCUCAAAUCCCAACUAUCACCCAGCAAUGGUGCCACAAAGAGUGACGGUGACGACGAAGACGUUGAUGCUGAAGAUGUUGUGGCACUCACACCCCCAAGAUCUCCCUCAGCCGCCACUGAAGCCACCGUGCAGGAGAAUCCCAUCGAUCUUAGCAUGAAAACAGGUAGCAGUACAACAUCAGCUGCCGACAGAAGAGCCUCGAGUGAAAUUAGUGACGUUGGAUCAGAGCACGAAGAUGGUGGGCAUGAAAAGCGGCUUGCAAAUGGGAGUGAUCUCGAUGAGGAGACAGAAUACGAACGUGAAGUGAAGCGAAUGAAAACACAAGGAACCACACCACUCGAUCUCACUACAAAAGUCUAGCCAGGGCCAAGAACUGACUAAUAAUCAGUACAACGAAUCUGUCACCUUCAAAGAAAAUCCACUGAGUGUCGACGGUUGAGGUUUUGAAUUUUGUUAUAAUGUUUUUUUUUAUAUUAUAUCGGUUGUAUCUUUUUAUAAAAGUUAUAACUUGUUUUUUUUUUACAUGCCGAAUUCAAUCGUAUAACCAUUGUCUUGAACAAUUCCAAUUGAAGAAAUGAUAAAUUUAUAAAAACGCGGAAAACUUUGUCAAUAUAACAGUUUUUUAUAACAUGAAUUUUGCAAAAUUUUUGAUUAUAUCAGUGAAUAUUUAAAAAUGCACUAAAAGAAUGCUGUCAAACUGAACAUCCAUUAUAACAGUGAAAGCCAUAUUUUGACAGUAUAACGAAACAAACUGCAGAUUCUUUAUCAAAAGAGUUUAUAACACAUUUAGAACAAAAACUUCGAUAGUAACUAAUUCGAAUAUAAAAUAAUAAAAAAAUAAAGUCAAUUAUAAAACAUUUUUCCAUUUUAAAUCUCAAAUGGAAAAUUUAUAAAAACACGAAAAACUUUGUCAGUAUAACAGUUUUGUAUAACACGAAUUUGCAAAGUUAUUGAUUAUAUCAAUGGCUAUUAAAAAGGGACUAAAAGAUUGCUGUCAAACUUAACAUCAGUUAUAACAGUUAAAGCAAUAUUUUGACAGUAUAACUAGAAACUGCAGAUUCUUUAUCAAAAGUGUGUAUAACACAUUUAUAACAAAAACUUCGACAGUUACUAAUUCAAAAAAGUAUAAGAUUUAAAAAUUAAAGUCAAUUUUAAUACUGUUAUACAGAAAUUCAAAACUGUUAUACAAGUAAAGCAGAACAUAAUUUAAAUUUCUAAGAAAGUUCCGGGUAUUAGUUUUGAAAAUCAACCCUCAAAAGUCUCUCACGGUCGCCAUUUAGGGCAAUCUAUGUCUCGGUAUAGAUUGAUCAUCAGCAUAGACUGGUGCAUGAGGCAAAUCUGUCUCAAGUCAUCUCACGCCCAUUUCCGAUCGCGAGACGCUCUAAUUGCAGGAAGACGUGGUGGAUAAUGACAGAGUGACUCUGUGUCAUUGAUUGGACCCAAAAUGCGUUGGAUGCGCGUACUCAAACACCCAAAAAGGGCACCUCUUUGAGUGGAUGACGCGCUUCUUUGAGGAGGUAAAAAAGAAAGAAAAAAAAACGAAGGCACUCCGCGUGCACCAAAUGCUCUCACAUAUAGAUCUCAAGUGGUGCAGAUGAAGAGCCAUGCAGAGAGCCAAGAAAAAAAAGUUAGUUGAAUGAUUGACGUGUGCAACACCAACGCAUCAUUCCUCCAACUUUGCUCUCUUCCUUCCCUUUUGGGCGCACACACUCCACGAUCAAAAAUAUGAGUCAUCUAAUUAUAUCACGUCUGACUUAGAAUGGUGGAAACUGCGCGAACAUCACUCGUCAAAUUGAGUGAAAAGAUGAUUGCUGAUGAAUCGUGGGAUGAAUGCACCGGAGCGAAUUUCAUUGUGCCACUCCUGUGGGAGGCAUCGUCAGAUGCGCGAACCCUACGAGCAUUGCAAUUUGGUGACUUUCUCACUCCUCAUUGCAGCUGUUCUCAAUUUCUUUUUAUUUUAUAGAAGAAUUCUUUUUUUUUCUUCUAUUUCUCUCCUCAAGUAUCCACCACCCAUUCAUUUGCAUAUAUCACAGACACUCUGUCAUUGUAAGUCCUCGCCCAUUGACGGCCGUGCUCUCCUUCGGGACGCUAAUGAGUACUUAUAUGAAUCAAGUGGUUAGCUGUUGCUGCUGAAAUGCGGUUUACUUUGAAAUUUUGAAAGAGAAGUUGCGCGCGGGAAAGUUGAUCAUUUGUAAAGGAGUCUAUUCAGUCAUAUAUGAGAGUUACCUCUGACAGAGAAAACAAUUUUAAUCUGAAAGAUCUUGUAGAUAAUUAAAAAAAAAGGAUAAUAAAUUGGACAAAAAACUUACAAUUUUCCAUUUAAAUCACAUAGAAAAAAAAGUCAGCAAAGAUUUCAAACAAAAUGCCCAAAAAUCACCAGCCAUUACCAAUUUUUCCCUUUAAAUGUUUUAAAACAUUCGCAUUAAUGUUUCUUCGAUGAAUUUGUCGCUAUGAAAUAUUUCUGUGAAUAUUUUGAAGCAUUUAAAAGGACAAAAUUGGUAAUGGCUGCCAAUUUUGGGACAUUUUGUAUGAAAUCUUUGCUGACUUUUUUUUCAUGUAAUUUCAGAAAAAAAAUUGAGUUUUUUGAGAUUUUUUUUAAACCUUUUUCGAUUCCCUACAGGAUUCUGAAUAGACUCCUUUCAACGAUAUGUUAAGUAACUCAUCUUGAUGAUUUAAAAAAAAGACUAAACUGAAUUGAUCGAGACAGUUUUGAAUUAUAUACAAAAGAAUAGAAAAUUAUCAAUAGUUUUCAAAUAGUCGCGAAUAGUUUUUCUAUUGUCGCUAUAAUUUUUAUGAAUUAUUUUAAUUUAUAACAUAUUUUUUUAAAACACUUUUUGACUUUUCAAAAGCAAUUAAAACUGCUCGAUUCAAUAUAAAUCAAUUUUUCCAACAAUGUAAGUUUCUACAGUUCAAUUGGCACCCCUUGUACUCUUUAUUAAUUCACUUUCCGACUAAAUCCUAACUUACAACGCCACUCAAUUAAUUUAAAGCUAAAAAAAAAUCAAUUGAUUUGAAAAUGAAAGCUUGCAAUUUUAUUUACAACUAAAAAGAGAAAUAUUGGCAAACAAAUAAAUAAAAUUAAAAAAAAAUAAAAGAUAAAGAAACUUGUCUCGCGACCAAAUCAAUAAUCACUUUUAUAGCCAAAAAAAACUCUCUUUUAUCUACCAAUUAACAAUUUUAUUUUGCCAUUCCGGGCGACAAGAGAGACAUCAAUGGGGUCUUUUGAGUGCAAAUAAAUCACCGGGUGAGUGUAAAACUUUCUUUUUUAUCAGGCAAAAGCUCUCGCAGUCAGGUGAAAAUUGCUUUAGAUAGAAAAGAAGAAUGUGUUUGUGUACAAAAAAUUGACGAUGUCUUGCUGUGCGUGAAAAGGGGGUGGAUGUUGCUUCUAUGUAAAUGUAUGAUGUGCAAUCAAUUGUCAGACCGUCACAUUUUUGGCGUAUAAAAUUGAAUUAUGCUAUCUGGACAGACAAGUUCACCCCACGGGGGUAUCCGUAGAUGUAUCCACAAGAGCUGUCUAACGAAGGUUGGAUUCUUCACCUGAUGUGGUUGCACACAGAAGAACAAAAUGCGCGCGCUGUGCAAAUCAAUUAAAGUGGAUUAGAAGAUUUGUGGUGCGAAGGUGGAGAAAACCAGUUGGAAUUGUCGAGAGAAAGGCUCUUCAUCUUAUUCUCCGCACAAGAUGCUUUCUGUGGGAAAAUAGUUGUGUUCAAAGUGAAAUGCAUGAAAAUUUUGUUUCUCUCCUUGAAUAAGAAUUAAAAGAACAAAAAGAUUCUUUAAGAAAUUUUAUCAAAGAAUUGCAAAAGAAAGAAAAAACCUUUCCGACACUCAGUGAACUCGAUGGAAGCCAGUAUAGUAAAUUUAAGGAAAUUACCGAUUAACGAAUUCACUUUACCAUGACCCCAAUGUUCUGUACAAUUUGUCGUGUUGUCACUAAAAUGGCCAGUUUCUCAAAGACAUGACCGCAUGAGGGAUCACAACCAACUCAAGAUGUAAAAUGGAGCUUGAGCUAAUAUUCUAUUUAUUCAAUGUGUGUGUACAGUUCAAUUGAGCCACCCUUUGUGGGGGUGGAUUAUAUAAAUUUUAAAUGAUUUCUUAUACGCAUCAUGAGGUCAAAAUGUAGGUAAAAAAAAUGUGAAUAGCUCUUUAGGUGUUAAUUGAACCUCUGACUAUUUUUUUGUUUCAUUAAGGAUACGAUUGUGAAGGGAUUUUUUGUCGUUAAAAAUAUUUUUGAAUUUUUUAAUCCAGAUUUGCUCUCGAAAAAUUCAAUGAAUUCGUUUAAGUGAAUAAUUUUUAAAUUUCUUACGAGAACUUUUAAGAUUUUUUGUUGAGAAAUUUAUUUUUCUAGGUAAUUUUGAAGUCAAUAAAAUUUACAAAAAUCCGGGACAAAUUUGGAUUAAUAUAAGACACUUUUUAAGAGAAUAGAACUUAUGAAAAAUUCUAUUUUGAAUGAAAAAAGAAAAAUAAAAUUCAAUAGAAUUUUCCAUAAUUUCUUAAUUCCUUCUUAAAUUUCUUUUAAAAAUAACCUUUUCAGUGAUAUUUUGCAAUCAAAAAUUCCCUCCAAAAUCUAACCCUUUCAGGUACACAAAAAGAAAGUCAGAGACACAAAAUAUUCUGUAGAUAGUUGUAUUAAAAAAAAGAAAUGAAAAAAAAGACACUGAAAAAAAUUAUAGUGAGUAGAAAGCAAAAAUAUUGUUCUUAAAAAUAGUGAUAAUGUUGCAGUUUUAGGGCAUAAAAAGAAAUUAAAAAAAAUAGUGUAUAAAUUGUUAAAGAAAUUGUGAGAUAUUUUUUUAAUUAAGUCACACAGAAUGUCCCAUUGGUAAUGGAGGUUAAGAAAAAGAAAAAAGAAUUUAGUUGACGGACAUUCAUGGCCAGUACAAGAAGCAAAAUGAAUAUACGAAUUAUUAUUUUUUCCUAGUUAGUUUUGAGAAAUUCAGGAGAAAUCUUCCUGUGUGGUUUGUAAAAAAAAAUGAAUAAAAUUGAAAAAAUGUGUAUUUUUGUAGUUGAAGAUAAAUAGAAAAAAAGACAGACAAUAAAUUGUAUAAAUUUACUGUGAGAAAA